AUGUCGAUGUCAAGUGCGUCGAGUCCGGUUAGGAGGAAGCCUGUAAAACGCGGAGGCGGAAUGUCUAGUGCUUUGUCAAUUGCAACUAAUCUUGGUUUCUCAGUGUCGUCUUCACCUUUGUCCCAGCAUUCAUCUCGGGCAACUGAGGAAAAGGGUGAGGGCUUGAUCAAGGUUUUAAGAGAACUAACCAAUGUCCAAAAAAAAAUAGCAGAUUUGGAAACUGAACUCCAAGGUCGAAAGGAUCAUGUAACUUCUGGAUUUUUGACAAAUGUGAGUGAAAUGGAGAAGAAGAUUGAGACGUUGUCAAGGAUUACCGCUAUUCUCAAAGAUGUUAUCAAGAAUAAGGAUCGCAUAAUAGCUCGUCUGCAGCAGCCAUAUUGUCUAGAUUGUAUUCCUGUUGAAGUAGAAUAUCAGAAACAAUUCUGUGAACUACUGAUGAAGGCAGCUAGCGACUAUGGUACCUUGACAGUAUCUGUGGCAGAUUUGCAUUGGAGUAUGAAUUUUAAGGAACCUCCUUCUUUUUGGGGGGAUAUGCUUCGACCUAUUCCUCUAGCUUUGGCAUAUUGCACUCGGUACUUUGAAUCCAUGUCUGUCACAAGAGAAUCAUUUGCAGCACUUCAAAAACUAAGAGAGCGCAAUGUUGAUUCUUCUUUACCCAGGACACCAAGUGAUUCUUCCCAAAUACUACGUGGUGUAUCUGAUUGUCUAACUCCAUUUACAUCACAAUAA